AAAAGCCCGGAUGUACUUAUUCUGCCAUUUUGGGAGGUUUCACAUCACAUCACGGAAGAGAACGGAGAUCGCGACUCACAACAAAGAUCCCAUUUUUACUUUCAAAGAAUCUAAAUCAUUCAAAUAAAGAUGACGGAGCGUCAGCUUGAUUGUGCCUUGGACCUGAUGAGGCGGCUUCCUCCUCAGGAAAUUGAAAAGAAUCUCAGUAACCUCAUUGACUUGGUACCAGAGCUAUGUGAAGAUUUGCUAUCAUCCGUUGAUCAACCACUCAAGAUCGCCAGAGAUAGAGAACAGGGAAAGGACUAUUUAUUGUGUGAAUACAACAGAGACGCAGACUCGUACAGGUCCCCUUGGAGCAACACAUACGACCCUCCACUGGAGAGCGGAGCCAUCCCAUCUGACAACGUCAGGAAACUGGAAGUAGAAGCUAACCUGGCCUUUGAUCAAUACAGAGAAUUGUACUUUGAGGGUGGCGUAUCAUCAGUAUAUCUGUGGGAUCUUGCUCACGGCUUCGCUGGUGUCAUCCUCAUCAAGAAGGCUGGAGAUGGCUCAAAGAAGAUCAAGGGAUGCUGGGACUCCAUUCAUGUUGUUGAAGUACAGGAGAAAGCUCAAGGCAGGAGUGCACACUACAAGCUGACAUCAACAGUUAUGCUCUGGCUUCAGACUACCAAGAGUGGAUCAGGGACCGUCAACCUCGGAGGUAGUCUCACAAGACAGGUGGAGAUCGACAUGACUGUCAGUAGCGGCCAAUCACACAUAGCCAACAUCGGCACCAUGGUAGAGGACAUGGAGAACAAGAUUAGGAACACACUGAACCAGAUCUACUUUGGCAAGACAAAGGAUAUCGUAAAUAGUUUAAGGUCAGUUCAGUCAUCAGCAGCGGUAGACAAACAGAAAAAGCUGAAUCAGGAACUAUUCCAGGCCCUCAAAGCAAAGGAUAGGAAUUAAUAGCGAGAGAGAAAAAGAGAGAGAGAGAGAAAGAAAGAGAGUGUCUGUGCGCUUGUCUGUCUGUCUGUCUGUCAAUCAGCAUGAUCUUCACUUGAAACCGGUCGCUCGAGAAUGCCCUCUGACCUUUCCCCUCGCCCCUUCCCCCUCGCCCCUUCCUACUUAUCCUAUCACCUUACUACACCCCUCCCCCCUUAUGUUCUGAAUCAUCCUUAUGUACGUUGUCCUCAACAAAGUUUGGUGUGGAGCAUCUUGGCGUUGCUUCUUCUUUAACACUUAUCAUGUCAUGAAAUGAUAUCAUACAUGCAGCAACAGAGAACGUAAACUCAAGGAUACAUAACAUACAGGUAUGCUGUAGUACAGAAUUUAAAACCACAUGAUACAGAACAUGAUGCCUUCUGGCACCCAUCCGUCAUACUGGAACAGUACCCUUAUGGCACUCAAUAGAGCAUGCAAUUCAUUGUGCAGUUACGUCUUUUUGUUUGUAGUGCAGAGUAGCAUUUCAGGACCAUCUUAGCCCCAUUUUAUGUGCCACCUUUUUAACAUUUCUUGCAUCUUAGGUCCUUCUGUAUCUCAUUUACAGAUUUGACUGUGCUUCCACUUACAGAGCUAGAAGGGUGUUAACUCUGUGUUAAAGUUUAUGAGUUAACUAACGCCCUACUGGCUUUCUACAGAUGGCUAUAUAGUUUGAAUAUGGGUAUAAUUGGGGUGGGGUUCCGCAGCUACAUGUAGGUGGUUUAACGGGAAAAAGUGCCUGCUGUGUAUGGCACAUGUGGUGUAUGUUCAUAAUUGUCUAAAUCCAAAGUUAAUUCACUAUACUCUCGCUAUCACAAGGAGAUGGACACUGUCCGUAUCUAGUUCUUAAUAGGAUCAUGCUUGCGCUCGUGUAGUACAAUAUCUCAUAGGUUGCAUGUGAAAAAGAGUGCAUAUGGUUAUUUCAUUGCAUAUAAGAGCACCUACCGUAAUAAAACAGACAAGCAUUUUCUUCAAAAAUGAAAAAGGGAGUCCAAAGUUCAGCAGAAUAUAUGUGAAAAUGUGUGUUUGAAAAGGGGGAGGACAAAAAGGCAGCAUGUUGUUGUGUUUAGUUUGUGAAUAUUUCGUUCCAUAACAAGAGAAAUACUUUAUUUGUUGUUAUUGUUGUAAGUAGUAGCAUUUUAAUCUUUAUAUGUGUAUGGGAGAACGUUUGGGGGAAAAGGAGGAAGUAUUAUUUUAUGAAAAAAUGUACAUGCACUUUUUCUGUUGCAAAAACAGAACUUGAAUUUUAUUUUGCAAAAAAAAUAUCAAUCAAUAAAUACGUGGGGGAUUGAAGGAAAUCGUGGAGUGUUUAGUAAUCUCCAAUUAUAUUAACAGACGGAUGACUUUCUUUUAAGUUCUCUUCUAUGACCCGAGUAUUUGGCAAAGUUUCACUUUUUCUCGAAAGAGGCGCAAUUAUCAUUUUCUUUUUAAUAUUUAGGAUAUUGUAGAAAUGUAGAUAUAUCUCUCUUAUUGCAUCGGUAUAGUAUGAAACAUGUAUAGAUAUCAAAAAUUAUAAUGUAUGGAAUGUAAUUUCACAUUCAAGUUAAAGUUUGGAUGAUAUGGAGAAUAAUUGUAUGGUAUCCUAAUCCUUAAAAAAUUGUGUUAUGCCAAUUAAAUUCAUAAACAUAAGCUAUACUAGGAAAUUGAAUGUAAAGUAAUAUGUAGGAAUUGUAUUGUUUUGCUGACACUUCACAUUUUAUUAGCAUUUAUAAUGCUCCAGUUAGAUUAAGCUACAGGCUUUAAGAGCAAUCAUAUUAUUACGGCACCGUAGACUCGAUAUUAAAUAUAUUAAAAAUAAUAUAUCGACCGGUACUAUAAGCAGGAGCUAAUAUAAAGGGGUAUCGAUAUAAUACAGUAUGCAAGUAAAAGGUUUACUAUAGGGUGUGUAUUGAGCAUGGAGUUUUGUCUCGAUUAGUAUUGUAUCGAGUGAUUGCCAUGAAGAGUCUUCAACACUUUCCAAAAUCACAUUCCUGUGUUUAAUAGUGCAUUUCUUACUAACAAUGAGCUGCUUUUGAUCGUAUGUUGUAAGCAUUCUGUUCUUAGGUUAACGUGUUCAUAUGGGCGUUUUUUAAGAGCAUGCCAUGAUACAUCUGUUGUGUGUUCAUUUACGAGGAUGUUGAAUGUCUGAACAGACGUUCUUUUACCGCGUGACCAGAAACUUCUAACGAAUGGAAUGCAAGAUUUUGAUGUCGAUUUCAACAAUGUUUUGUGUACAUUUUAAGGUUUGAAUAUCUUUUAAGAAUGUUCUGUGACAUCUUUAAGAAUGUUUAAUUGUAUGCAUUGUUUCUAACACAUCUGUUAUUACAUGAUGAAGCAGUAAUGACUAGGCAGCAUUUCAAAGAUGACAGAAUUUACAAGCUCGCAGACAUCCCAUCGAAAUGCAUGAAUUCAGUCAUUUUCAAAGGGAUCUUGGUGAACUUAUACUUAUGACAGUUAAUUGAAACAAUGCCCAGGUCUUUGUGUUGUGUAAAAAUCUAACAUCAGAGCAUGGUUUGCUUAGUAACAUUUUUCAUUAUGGUUCAUUCUAAAUCCUUGUACGGUAAGUCCUGUUCUCGGCAGAAAUGCACAAAAAACGGCUACACAGCAAGCGGCUGUACAAUUUAAAACUACUCAUUUUAAACCUUAAACAUUUCUACACAGCGAUUUUCAGUUAACAUAUAAUUAUUGCUAACAGUAAUAUGUUACAACUUUAUCCCCCCACUUCGAAAUGAAAUAUUUCCAAAUUUGAUCAAAAGUUGUUUUGACGCCUUUCUGCCAGGUGCGUGACGGACUAUGUCAACUCGAAAUCAAGUGUUGGGAUUCGGUGUGAUAUGUGUUCCACAUUUCAAGUUUAUUGUUAAACCAAAUAGGAAUGUGUGUGCUAUUAGCAUGUUCAUGUUGGGUUAGAGCCUCUAAGCACUAUUACUUCAUACUCAGAUUUUCUAUAUUUGUGCUAAUUAAAACGUUGCCCUUUACAUUGAUUACUAAGGUAUUUAUGCAGGUGGGCGAUCCAGAGUUUGCGUAGCUUGUUUCAUGUAAUAUUACGUUUAACUUUUACUUAGCCAUCAAGUUCAAAAGAAAUAGAAGUUUAUUAUUACCUCCAAUAGCUAUAUAGCUCUUUAAUAGGCCACUGUUGAUUGUACGUUGUAAUACAUGCAGUAAACAAACAACAAAAAAUUAUCCAAAAUAAUACCAAGUGAUUAAUUGUAAAUUUUGAAGCGCUUUUGAGAGGAAUGUGAAGAAAGGGCAAGCGUAAUUUUUGUAUUGAAAUGGUAUUAACAUACCUUUUAUUUUCAUGUGAUAAUACUGUUUAUAAAGUAUCAACAUUCAGAAGCAUGAAUAGACCCGUUUACUAACAUAUUCAAAUUGUAUGCAAACUGUUUAAAAGAAAGGUCAUUCUUGACAACCUGUAAGUUUGCCCAGGGAUUACCUGACAUAGCAACAUGUUUUGUAUGCAGACUGGAUUCGGAGUAUUGUAGUUCAUUCAUUAACAACAGGUUAAUGGAAUACUAGUAUCUCAUCACUAGGUCCGCAGGAAAGAAACAUCCAUAAAUUUGAAUAUGUUAGUAAACCAGGCUAUUGGUAUGAAGUUUCAUAGGUGCAUGUAUACAUUAUUUCAGAGGCACAAGCUACAGUAAAAUCAAUACAUUUAUAUCUAGUUCUUCGUAAAUAAGCAAUUUUAUAUCGGGCAAAGAAGAUUUUCAUUAUAAUUAUGCCUUUAUCAUAUAGAGCUAUAAGUUAACAAAUGUUAGAUCAUCUUGAUAACAUGUUCCACGUUUUAUUACUGUUUGUCGCAUGUACUAAUAGCUUGCCAUCCAUCUAAAGCUAUAUAUUAGAAAUCUGAUUUGGAUCAAACUAGGAUUUAUCGUUUUUAUACAUGUAUAAUGAACCUAUAAUUAGUUUAAUUAAUUCCAACUUCAACUCCUUUUGACAUGUUCUGAUUUUCUGUCGGAUUUCUUUUAAAAAAUCCCCCAAAUUCUUUAAUUUUGUAGCAAUUUACAUAUGUUCAUCGUUAGGAAUGCAAUUGAUAGUGAUUUAUAUCCCCAUACCCACACUAUGUAUAGAAUUUAUGGUAAUGCUCAUAUAUGAUAGAUUGUAUAUAUAUUUCAUUAAUUCAGCUAAAUCAUUUUUUUAUAUAAUUAAAUCUAGAUUAUUCAUUCUUUUUUUUAAGUCAAAUUUAUUUUCUAAACUCAGUGCAUCACGUAAUGGUCAAUGCAUUGAUAAAAUGCAGUUCUUUAUUCGUAAAAAUAAAAGAAAUCUACACCAGGUAAUCACAUUUCACAAAAGCAAA